UUAUUAUCCGUUUCAUUUGAUGGUCAUGGUUAUGGAUAUUACUACUACUGCCAAUUAGUUACACUACUCUGUACAAGAAGAGCAGAGAGCAGCCAUGGCUUGCUUAUCUUGCUGUGUUUACAUGACCAAAAAUCUCUCCAACUCCAACUCCAAUGGUUCAUCAUCAUCAUCAUCAUCACCAUCUUCCCUACCGACUCAACAGAAUAAGCCCCGGAUUCCCGCCCAAAACCUCACCCCCAGGCGGCGUCCGCCGCCGCAGCCCUCCGUUAUCGAAAUCGAGCGCGCAAUCGGCGCCGGAAGAUUCCGCGACGCCGAUCCCAGGGAAUUGGAAGAGGAAAAGAACACGAAAUUCGACAUGAAGAUGCUGGAUUUCCCAGGCAAGUUCGAACAGCCAAUACAGAAGAAGAUUCGCGAGAGUGCCGAGCGGAUUACUGAACAAUCCGAAAGAACGUUUCGUUCAAAUGGCAAGAAGAUUCUAAUGUUCACCUUUGUAUGGCUACUUCCAAUUUGGACAUUUUCACUUCUGGUUGCCUCUGGCAUCAUCAAGCUCCCAUUCACUAACCAACUUCUUGAUCAACUCAUUAUGUGAAUUUGCUUCUAAUUCAAAUGCAGAUUCAUUACAUCACCAUACAAAUAUGAUCAGAUUUGCUUUUGGUUCAGUGUGUACAGCAUGAUAUUUGUAUAUUUUUAGUCUUAGAACUGUUUUUGUGUGAAUCAUUGACUUUGUUUAUUGCAUUUUCCAACGAUGGACCACUUUCAAGGAUCUAAAGACAUAUAUUCAACACAUAAUUAAACGGUUAGAGGAAUUUGUCUGCUCAUAA